AUGACCUCUGGCAGCGUGUUGGCUAAUUCGGAGACAGAGAAGGAUUUAAUAGAAAAUGUUUACAUAGCUUCGAGAAGCAGGAAGGAGCCCAAGUCCCCCCAGGCCAGCGAGGUCGCCGAGCACAGGCCGCAGAUAAACAGCAUUACCGUUUCUAAGAAACGUAGCUGGCUGCAGCAGAGCACGCACCGACCUCGUCCUCCUCCUCUGGGAGAAGAAAAUGCCUGUAAGGAAACACACGGGGCUGUUAUCCCAGUACCCAAAUCUCCCAUCCCGCUGCCUGACCCCUCAGUGCAACAGACUCCUUCCACAUCCACAGUGGGGCGGGAGCGCCCCACACGAAGCUGCGCUCCCGUUGGUGCCCUGCUGAGCACCGCGAGCCCUGCCGCUCUAAGGAGCGCUGCUUUGGACUUUGGCGAGGAUAACGACGCAGAUGAUGAAGGAGAAAUAUGGUACAACCCGAUCCCUGAAGAUGAUGAGCCCGACUUGCCGAGGGUCCGCCCUUCUGCUGUGAAUAGCCCUGUUGCUGUGGGCUCCUCGGUGGUUCGGUACAACCCCCACCCAGGGGGUGACUCUGGGGUGGCCACAGGUCCCCACGAGGGUCCCCCACGCGGCGUGGAGAGCGCAGGGAACAGUCGGAUGGCUCAGCCCGGCGAAGCGAGUCAGGCUGAUGCCGUGCAUCCUGGGGAGCACCUGCAGCAACACCGGCAGAGGUUUGCCUGCAAGACUCCUGUUGUGCCGGCAGUAGAGGACAAUCCUGCCUUUAAGUGCCCUUCAACAGGGUCUGGAGUUGUACUUGCACACAAGGCUGAUAUACCCUCAACAGAGGUUUCUCCUCCAAGUCCCAGUCCUCUGAAAAAAAGCGGAUCAAUCAACUGGCCUUUCCCUGAUAGAAUUAAAUCUCCCAGGACCGUGAGGAAGCUUUCCAUGAAAAUGAAAAAGCUGCCAGAGCUGAGUAGGAAGCUGAGUGUCAAGGGAGCUUCAAGCCAUACUAGUUCAGAUAAUCCUCCUUCCCUGCCAAAAGGUAGCUGCCGGGAUACAAGCCAUACAGUGUCUUUGCCGUCUUCUGGAAACUCAACCACAGCUGCCAGCAGAAAUGUGAUAAGUCGUUACCAUCUUGACAGCAGUGUGUCGUCGCAACACACCUACAAAAAGAAAAGCUCAAGGAACUCCAAAUCCUUCAGCAAAGGUGGUUACCUCAGUGAUGGAGACUCUCCUGAACUUAUAACAAAAUCAGGUAAACAUGGGCAUGAAACCAAGUGUUGGAAGGGAAAGGAGAGCCUUCCAAGUAACAGUGGUAAAACUGAAAUAGAUAUUGAUGCCUUCAGACACUACAACUUUUCUGAUCAACCCAAGUGCUCUCAGUACAUCUCUGGACUCAUGAGCAUUCACUUUUAUGGUGCUGAAGACUUAAAACCACCAAGAAUAGACUCAAAAGAUGUCUUUUGUGCAAUACAGGUUGACUCAGUAAACAAAGCAAGAACAGCCCUACUUACAUGUAGGACAACAUUUCUAGAUAUGGACCACACGUUCAACAUAGAAAUUGAAAACGCUCAGCACUUAAAGCUCGUGGUGUUCAGCUGGGAACCCACCCCACGGAAAAAUCGGGUGUGUUGUCAUGGAACCGUGGCUCUUCCCACUCUCUUCCGAGUGACAAAGACGCAUCAGCUGGCUGUCAAACUGGAACCAAGGGGGCUAAUUUAUGUCAAACUGUCACUCAUGGAGCAGUGGGAGAACUCUCUUGAUGGCCUCGAUGCAGAUCGGGAGCCAGUGAUGUUUGGGGUAGAUGCUCGAAAAGUUGUUGAGAAGGAAAAUGCGGGCUUGAUGGUACCACUUCUGAUGCAGAAAUGCAUUCUGGAGAUUGAAAAGAGAGGCUGUCAGGUGGUAGGCCUGUAUCGGUUAUGUGGCUCAGCAGCGGUUAAGAAAGAGCUUCGAGAGGCGUUUGAGAGGGACAGCAAGGCUGUUACUCUCUGUGAAAGCCAGUACCCAGAUAUUAAUGUCAUAACAGGUGUCCUGAAGGAUUACCUGCGAGAGUUACCCUCUCCCCUGAUAACCAAGCAGCUCUACGAAGCAGUGUUGGAUGCCAUGGUGAAAAGUCCCUUGAAAAUGACAGCAAGUGGUUGUGAGAAUGACCCGAGGGACUCUGAGCACACAGCAGCUCUUCUGGGUUGCCUGCCAGACGUUGAGAAGGCUACCCUGAAGAUGCUGUUGGAUCACCUGAAACUGGUGGCUUCUUACCAUGAAGUAAAUAAGAUGACGUGCCAGAAUUUAGCUGUAUGUUUUGGGCCUGUGUUACUGAGCCAGAGGCAGGAAACCACCAACCAUAACAACAGAGUCUUCACAGACUCAGAAGAGCUUGCUAGUGCCCUGGACUUCAAAAAACACAUAGAGGUUCUUCACUAUUUACUCCAGCUGUGGCCAGUACAUCACUCGCCUGCCAAAGAACCAGCACAUCUGAAUGCAUUUCCCGAGCACCCCUCCUCCCUGAAUUACCUGAGACCCAAGAGGCAGAGACCUCAGAUGCUGAAUCUGAGUGGUACCGAGAUGUCUGGGGUACUCAGACCAAGGCCAGCAGGUCUAGACAGCCCAUCAAGCAACCGCUAUGCUGGAGACUGGAGUAGUUGUGGGGAGAACUACUUCUUAAACCCGAAAGACUGCCUGAGCGAAGCAGACUAUGAUGAUGUCCCUUCAGAAGAUACGGAGAGCGGGGAUGAUGGCAGCAAAGCUGAGGAAUCGGAUGCCCCAGUAAAAUGCCUGCAGCCUCUCCCCAGGGAGCACACGUUUCAGAGCUAUUUGACAAUGCAAGCGAUAGACUCUGCUGUGGAUCACAGAGCAAACCUCAAAGACCUGCAGGAAAGCAUUGAUACUCUGAUAGGAAACCUGGAAAGGGAGCUCAAGAAAAACAAACUAAACAUGAGUUACUAAAUCCUGUCCUGCCUGACACCUCCUCCUGGUGCCUCCAUGCCCCUCACUGGGCUUCCCACAGCCGUGUGAGGAGUGACAGUGCCCCUGAAGGUCCUGUGUUAACAAAUUUUAAGCCAUUCCGUUAUGUUUUCACUCUUUUGUUAGAAGAAGGUGUUGGCCUGAUUUGGGUGUUAGAGACAAGCUUAGAGACUGUGAGGUGAUUCCACAUAGUGGCAUUUCUCCCUAAAAACACUAUGCACUUAGAUGGUCUGGGCAAUACCUGAUAGAAGAUAAAGCAACAUCUCUGCUGUCAGUGGCAGCAGAACUCCUCAUUCCUGAAAUCCUGUCUCCGCUACAGAUGUUCCUCUCAGAAGAGGAUGAAUGCUGCUUGGCCUGAGUUUUGCAGCAUGGACUUCAGAUAGACUUUGUUUUACUAUAUAUGCAAUGGCUGCUAUGAAAAAUGCUUUAUAUAUAUAUGAUAUUUAUAUAUAAAGUUUUAAUUGUACAAAUAUUAAUGUAUUCCUGUAUUAACACUUUUCAGUAAUUAUUUAAACAAGCAAAAAUUAAAUAUUUUUCUAACCUUGUUUGUAUAUAUCUAUGUAUAAAUGUGCAUGUGUCUCAUUUGGAAAGGAGAGGAGUCUCAGAAUUAUGGAAUGGACCCUUUUUUAGAAAGGUGUGUUCAGUGAUGCCAGGUUAAGUUACCCCUUGGGUAACACAGCAUUUGAUUUAUGCACAGAAACAUAGCCCGAGAGAAGGCAGGGUGAAUGAUUAAUAUAAAUGACCUUGCGUGUUGCAGGGGCAUCAGUUCAGAGGUGUUGACUAUUAACUCUUUCUCACUGCCUCCCCAUCUUUCUAUCUUUUCCCUUUUUUUUCUUUGCCUCCCCCGGUGUUUUUUCAUAUGUAAAGGAGGUCUGGAAGGUAUUUACUUUUCAAAAAGUACUUCUGGCCCUUGUAAACUGCUACUUUAUUCUUGAUGCUUCAAUACUACUUCUCUCUCCAGAGUUUCAUGCAUUUUUGUUGAAGUAUCUUUGUCUGCUAGUAGUUAGAGGUCUUCAAGCCCUCUCAGAAGGGCUGUGGCUCUGGAGAUGCAAGACUCAAAUUCUGCAGGAAGGUAGUUGCAGCUUUCUCUUGAGUCUUAAAUUAAUCUCCCAAAAACGUAAAUCUGAGUUGUUACAUGGGGUUGAAUGGGUUGAGUGACAUUAUUCCUGGGGAGUUUGGGUGGGAUUGCCAUUCACCGUGACUCUUAAAUUCGGCUAUCACCAUCCUCUCAAAUCUUCUCUUAUCAUUGCUAAUUUAUGGUGAGUAAUUAGAAGUUUUGUGUUCAAGCAAGGCAUUUUUGAUCUAAUUAAAAUAGUUACUAAAUUGCAUACAGAUGUUUUGAUAGUCCCUCUAACCAAAACGAGAUAGAGAGUCAUUCCUUCACAGGUCACCCCAAGUGAGAAAGGGGAGAUUGGGUGGGUGGGGUCGAGAGGAUUAUGUGUUUUGAGAGGUCAAACACUGAGUUGCUGUCAGCUGGCUGAAUAGAAGUUAACUCUCUUCAUCUUUUUGGUACAAUGUUGGCAUCUCACCAUGGCUUUCCAUUCACCCUGUGGGUAAGUGAUUUUCUGCUAACCUGUACUCCCUUAUAUUGAUUAGUUGAAGAGUUAUUUAUUUACACUAGCAAGGAAUUAAGAAUUAUGUCAAACUUCACCUCUUUCUUCUAAGGAAUUAUUUUAGCAUGGUUUCAAAUGGUUUAUUCAAUCUCAUUAAUUUAUUUUUUGUAAGUGUUAAAAAAUGCAAAACAAUUAAUGCAAUAUAAUGAUAAUGUAUGAAAAUGUAAAUUUAACCUGAAGCAUUUAUCAAUAAAUCGAUGUAUUUUUUUAAACUUUUAUACCUACAGAAUGUGCAUACUUUUUAAACUAUAAAUUUAAAUUCUAAAUAAAAUUUGA